AUGACGUCACGUUUACUGAAGAUCUUGUUAGAUGAAGCCUCGAGGUUUAUCUACAUUACAGCCAUAAAAGAACACGUGGUUCCUUAUACUAGACAUAUGAACCACGUGGUUCCUUGCACUAGACAUAUGAACCACGUGGCUCCUUAUGCUAGACAUAUGAACCACGUGGCUCCUUAUACUAGACAUAUGAACCACGCGGUGUCUUUGUACCAGUGGCCUAUGGUGAUCAUCUCACUACUGACGGUGGCCACGACCGUCGACGCUGAGGGCUAUGGCUCAGACAUUCCCGUAACAGGCUGCACAGAAGGCAAGGUUUUGAGAAUCGACGGUGUGUGCGUCCAACCCAUAGUACACCGUACCGUCCAUGUGUACGCCGCUCCUCAGCCCAUCCCCAGAUACGGUCCGCCGCCCAAAAUCCCGACACCAAAGGUAUACCACAACGUGCUCUUCAUUCGGGCUCCUGAGCACGGCCAGAGGCCCGACCCCAUCGUGGUGCCGCCGCCCAGGUACGACAACAUUGUAUACGUCCUCAACAAGCAGCCCAAGAUUGAGGGACAGAAGAUCAUCGAGGUCCCCGCGCCGCCCCUCAGGAACCCACAAGUAUACUUCGUCAACUACGACGGUGACAACAUCCCGGAGCUGCCAGGUGGUAUCGACUUCCAGAGCGCUCUCGCGUCUGCGGUUGGUGAAAACCAGCUUCUCGACGGUGUGGGUCUUGGAGGUGGUCUUACCGACGGUGUGGGAGGACUUGGUGGUGGUCUUAUUGACGGUGUUGGAGGACUUGAUGGUGGUCUUAUUGAUGGUGUGGGAGGACUUGGUGCUGGUCUUCUUGACGGUGCUGGAGGUCUAAGUGAUGGCUAUCUCGGUGGUGGCUACGGCGGUGAACGCCUUGGUAGUGGCGUUUUCGGCGGUGGUCUUGGUGGAGGCCUUCUCGGCGGUGGAGGAGGUCUUGGUGGAGGCCUUCUCGGCGGUGGAGGAGGUCUUGGCGGUGGUUACCUGGGCGGUGGAGGAGGUCUUGGUGGUGGGCUUCUCGGCGGCGUUGACGACGGAGCUGGACUCCUCAGUGACGUGGGAGUUGUUGGUAAUGAACUGGUCGGUGGUUUAGGAGUCGGUGGCGGCGUUGUCGACGAGGUGGGCGGCGUCGAGGGCCUUACCAGCAGCUACUCUAAUAUCAAGAGAGAUGCCAAGUCCUAAAUUCCUCAGGAGACUUGCCCACUCUUAAGGCAAGCAUAGUUAUUAACCAAUUUUUUCUUUUUCUGUUGAAUUGUUUGUACCAACUGAGAUAUGCGCUGGGUGCACUACUCAAUACCUUUGUUCCAUUAUGUAUCCUGUAUAUAUUUUAACAUUAUUUCAUGUGUUUUUCAUUCACGAAGUUGGAGGAUAAUUGUUAUAUACCUCUUGCUCUCACUCUUUCUUUCUCUCUCUUUCAAUUAAAAAAGUCUGACCUUAAAAAAGUCAAAAGUUAAACUAUUAAAUAUUCACGAUGGCCAAUAAAUUGACCUGCCGACCCUGGUAUACUUCUGACCGCAAAAGCUCAGUGCUGAUAUCUUAGCACUAAGCUUUUGUGAUAUUAGAGCAUAAUAUUCAUAUUAUGCCUCCAGUGACAAUUGUAAAGACGCGUUUUCUUUUGGCCAAAAACAAGUCCGGACUCUUCAUCAAUGUGUUAAUGUAGACAGAUAUGCUUCCCAAACUUUAUUCAUAAAUGAUUGUACAUUUAUAACUGACUUAGUUAACAAAAUUACAUUAUAAAUUUGUACAGGAAAUAAGUAUAUCUUCUAUUAUACAUAUUAUCAUGUAUCAUCACUAAUAAGUUGUUAUUAGUAUUAGUAUUGAUCGUAAUGUUAUUUCUCUUAAAAUAAUAAUGACUAGGCAGAUUAGCUUGUUUCACGUGUGGGUGAGUAGCUGUGCCUUGAGUACUGACCUGGUGGUGGGAGAUUAUGACCUGUCAACCUCUGAAGGGUCACUGUGGUCACUACAAUAUAUCUCAUUCACCAAUUUGCCCUUAAACGUAGUCCAGGAUUAAAGUAAAGGCAGAGUGUAUAUACGCCGAGAUGGGUACCGCUGGCGGUGUGUAUACUCCCGUACUGGGUACUUGCCCGCACCCUCACUCCAGUCAUUACCAAUGUUUUCCCUUUUGAUAUAUUUUUAAAUACAGCACAUAUAAAGACAAACAAUAAAGUGUAUGUUCAA